AUGCAAGCUACCACCGAGCGCGAUACCGAGGGAAGAAUAAAUCACCCUAUGACCGCUGCCACUCCUAGUCGUAUUCCUAAGACCAUCAAUGAGCAAAUAUAUGUCUGCGCCGGUGAUUUACGCGCUCUCGACCGCCUCACCAUUGUGCUCAACUUCCCCAAAGUGCAGAAAAUUGACAUUCAGGUCCUCACCGAUCACCCCGAGUAA